GGUGGUGGUGAGUGGGUGAUUUCCCCCCCCGCCCCUUUAAAAAACGGGGAGGGAGCCCAGCGCGGGCUGCCUGGUUCAGCUCCUCCCUCUCUUCCCCUGGGGAAAAUCUCCGCUGGAUCUUCUCCUCCGUGGGUGCCGCGAUCCGAGGAGCUUCGUAAGCGGGAGAUGCAGGAGCCAUUGGUGAAGACGUUCUUGGUAACUCCUGAAGUCAGAGGAGGUUUUUUCCAUCCAUCUAUGGAUCAGCUAUUGGGAAAUACUGAUCAAAGUCCUCUUUGCAGUAGAUCAGCAACCGCUCAGGGCUCAAUAACCUUUGAGGAGGUGGCUGUGUAUUUCACGGAGGACGAGUGGGAGCUGCUAGAUCCCAGCCAGAAAGUUUUAUACGGAGAAGUCAUGCUGGAGAAUUCUAGGAAUGUGGCCGAUCUGGCUUAUGGGCAGGAGAAUGAGAACUAUGAGCACCCUGCACUAUUACAAAUGAUCAAGUUUGAAGAAGGGAUGCUCAGACAUCAAGACGCACUUCAAAAGGGUAUGAAAAGUUGCAUAAGAAACGGAGGGAAGACGUCUUCUGAUCCUAGUGUGGUCCAUAGCCUCCAAACCCAAGAAGUUCACCAAGGAGAAGAAAAGGGAGAAUAUUUCAGAUGUGUCAAAGGAGACAAAGAAAACUCUGAUUUCACUCAAUAUUGUGCAACCCAGACCGAAGAGGAACAAUAUGAAUAUCAAGAGGAUGGGCGAAGUAUCAGCUCUGCCUCCUACCUGGCCUUACAUCGCCCAUCGUACGCCAAAGAGACACCACGUGCGCUGAUAAAUUGUGAGGGAAAUUUCAGUUUCGGUAGUCGCGUAAUUUCCCACAAAGAAGAGAAGCUGUAUGAGCGUGGAGCGGAUUUCAGUAUGAAACAGUUACUUAUUUUGCCCCCCAAAAAUCCCCUAAGGGAGAAACCUUAUAAAUGUCUGAGGUGUGAAAAGACGUUCAGUCAAAGAAGUAACCUCGUCAUACAUGAACGCACCCACACAGGGGAGAAACCGUACGUGUGCCCGGUGUGUGGAAGAGGAUUCAGUCAGAGCGGUCACCUUAAAACGCACCAACGAUCCCACACAGGGGAGAAACCGUACACGUGCAAGGAAUGCGGGAAGAGCUUCAGCUGCAGCAGUUAUUUUAUUUGCCAUAAAAGGAUUCACACGGGGGAGAAGCCGUAUAAAUGUCUGGAGUGCGGAAAGGACUUUAACUGUAGCAGUCGUCUCGCCUCUCAUAAAAGAAAGCACACCGGAGAGAAGCCAUAUCAAUGCACGGAGUGCGGAAAGAGGUUUUCCUAUAAGGACGGCCUGAUGAGACACCAACGCACCCACACUGGGGAGAAGCCGUAUACGUGCCUGAUGUGUGGAAAGACGUUCAGUGGACGAUCUGAGCACAGAAGCCACGAAAGGAUCCACACAGGGGAGAAACCCUACAGGUGCGUCGAGUGUGGGAACAGCUUCCGUAAGUACAGUAAUUUCAUUCGCCACAAAAUGGUCCACACAGGAGAAAAACCAUACAAAUGCCCGGAGUGCGGGAAAAGCUUCACUCAGAAUGCGAAUCUUAUCAAACACAAAAGAAUUCACGCGGGAGAAAAACCAUAUAAAUGCGCCGACAGUGGGAAAAAACUCAACCAGUCAAAUCAUCUUUUGCAACGCGAAUCCACAACAGAGAAACCAAAACUCGGCAGCUUUCCUCUCUAAUAUUUUCUUCUAAAAAUGGGACCCUCUUGGGGGAAACUGUAGAAAUAUGGGGUCUGUGGAGAAAUAUUCAAUUGGAAAAAUAGACUUCUCAGACCUAAAGGAAACCACAUGGGCCAACCUUAAAAGUGGCCAGAGAGAGAAAAGAUUCAAAUGGCCCUUUGAGUUUAGGCCCUUAUUUCCCAUCAAAGAUUUUAUUUUGGGAGGAAGACCUCAAGUACAUACUCUUGACUAUCGAGACUGGCCCUAAAGACAUUUAAACAUGACUUUAGAUGAGCUUCGUGGAUCAUAAAUGUGUGGAAUGUAGAAAGGAUUGAUCCAUGCAGGAAAAAUUGUAUCAAGAGAUGGAACAAUUUUAAUGUCAUCUUGAAUCCCAGAAAAGUUCCACGUGGGAGAAAACAUAUAUAUGCAUAUUCUUUCUAGCCAGGUUUUACCUACGUAAACUUAGUUGU